AUAUCGAAUAUUUGGUGUCCUUCACCUCUUCUUCAGUACUGUCUCAAUACGACCCCACGCUGAAGCGAACGAAUCCUCAUUCUCAUCAAAGAUUUCGUUCCCAUCUUUAAAGCCCUCCGAGUGUUCGAAAACAUAAAGAAGUGAAUUAGAAGGCCCUUCGUCACAGCCGUUUGGUACCAGUACUUACCCAGUAUUUCGUUUGUCAUUUUCGCCGUGCCUACCCUCAGAAUGAAGACUACAACGUCAGGCCGCGCGUUUGCAAAGAACAUCUUUGAACUGUUCUCAACGCUGAUGAUCUCCCUGCCAAUCGAGAACCACAAGAUAUUUCUUAAAAGUUAUCCCAACAGUUUUACGGCCGAAGAUGCAAUCUCCAAUCUAGGAGGGCUCCAAUUUAUUCAGGCAAACCAUGACACGGAUCCCAAGGAUCCCACACGCAUCAUUACGCGGGUCGUAACCACUCGGUUCUCAUUAUCGCGCGACAUGGCCAAGAACCUAUGCCAGACAUUCAUGGACGCCAGGCUGUUCGAAAGCGCAUCUGAUCCUAGCAAACGCGAUUUUCAGAAUAAGGGGGUCUACCAAGUGACGGGCAAGGGGGCACAUAUUGUCCAGAGAUUCGUCCGCCGCAAUUCACUCUCUGUUGAGGAGACUCGCCAUAUCACAGCAAACGCGACGCCGCAAAUACUAUUUCUGGAGCGUGCUGAAGACGAGGAUGCGGUCGUGUUGAACCGAAAGGCCAUUGACGCUAUAUUUAAGCAUUUUGCGGGCUCGCGGCCAAAUGUCAUGGCACGAGCAUCAGAUUCAGCUGGCGAUUCAUCGCCACUGACCUCCAGUCCUGGUAGAGAUCGCAUCCAGGCUAACGUUGACCGCAGCAACGGAAUUAAAGUCAAAGAUCAGCAACACAACUAUGAUAUGUACAAGCAUACGUUUUAUGGGAAAGCAGCUAUCGAGUGGUUGUUGGACAAUACCACUGUCAUCAGCAAGGAGGAGGCCAUAUGCAUUGCACAGGAGAUGGUCAGCGCACGAUACAUCGGACAAGUCGGCGAGGACAACCGGAACGGACCAACGCUAUUCAAGACGGGGAACUCGGCUUUGUAUCAUUUUACAGAACUAGGCCGAGCUGUUCUCGGAUGGGAGAACCCUGUACGCAGCCGUGGAAGCAGUGUCAGCACUGACUGGAUGGAUGAAAGGACACCAUUGGGGUCCAAAGCAGAUCGAACCAACUCUGAGCUACUACUAUUGAAUCAGUUCAAGCUCACAUCCAAUACGGUUUCACGUCUACCCAUCUCCGUAGGACGUGAAAAACGUCGCUCAGCAGAUGAAUCAACUCUAAGCGGUUCAACGCAGCGCAAAGAGGAUGCCACAAGCAAUAGCAGCUCAGUUCACCGACUAUCUCAAAUUCUUGACGACCCAGCUUUUCAGAUUCUCUCCGAAUCCGGCGCCUUAUCCUCAUAUGCGCCUUCGUCCUCUGGCAAGGAGUCUGUUGGGCAACGUGAACCCGGCACCAGCAGUGGGGGUCCCAUCUCUACCAUUGGUUUUUCAGCACAGCCAACGACGUCCAACACCACCAGGCUAAACCUGAUAUUAUCCAACUCCACACUCCGGGAGAUGUUCAAGAGUUUUUUGAAACAGAACAUUUGCGAGGAGAAUCUGGCAUUUUAUCUUGAGGUGCUUGACUACAGGGCCAAAUUCAACACACUUAUCAACUCUACCAGGGCUUAUAACCAAACAGUGUCAGGAAAGGAUCCUUUAAGAGCAGCAUCAGGGAUGGGACUGAGCCCUGGAGGCGGAUUGGCCAUGAAUGCGCCGCAGCCAGCCACGUUGCGUGAACUCGAGAAGCAGAUUUGCACACAGGCAUUCGCUAUUCAUGAAACCUAUUUGGUUUCUGGCGCCCCACGAGAACUGAACCUUCCACAUCAGAUGCGUCAAGACAUAACAGCAUAUAUGCAGGCUGUCGUGCGGAACAUGGAGGCACCUCUUCCUUCAUCGAGCCCCUCUUCUUCGUCGACAAAUGAGUGUGACAGUGGCUUCGGGACAUUGCCAGAUUCGCCUGAGUCGCCUUUAUCACCCUCCACUGUUCAGGAAGGCGAAAACGGCAGGAAAAGAUAUGGCGCAGGACAUCAGGAGCUGAUCCAUAUUUCGCUCUUUGACCGCAUUCAUGACCAUAUCUUCCGGCUAAUGUCCACCGACUCUGUGCCAAAGUUUACAAAAACCGACAAGUAUCGGGAGGUGAUGGUGAACCGUGUCCGGCAGAGGGACAGCACGAGUGGAAGCAGUAACAUUAAAGGAUCCAGUAAUUCAGCCAACAGACCUAUAACAUCGCCGAGUAGAUCAAAGUUUCCAACACUGGGUGGAGCCAGGAUUGAGCGGGUGGAGCGCAGUGCAUCCCCGGCACUUUAAUCGUUCAGGUGCAGAGACCACUACAUACCACUAACGAAGCCUUUACAUGGUUGUUAUUAAUAAAACUUCAGUAUUCAGCAGAACCUCCGAAACAUCGAGCAGCAACUUUCUAACUGACGUUAGAAGGAAGAUCUUCCAGAAGCUUGACCAAUUUCGUCCUUAUGACCACCUGUAAUAGCCGUCAUUGUAUCUCGAGGAAGCGGCAUAGACUUGUACAGAGCAAAGAGAGCAUCUUUGGCAGCUGGACAUAGGGCGCGGUAUUCUG